AGUACAAAUGAAAAUCAGUUUGCAGCUACUGAAAAGGGAGGGAAACGUUCAAAUUGUUUAUUACAAACAAAAAGAGCCAAAGUAGCAGGCUUGAAGAAAUGAAGUUAAAAGGAUUAGAUGUAGCUCCUGAACAGAAGUGAAAGUCCAACGUGGAUGCACUAAAAUGGCUUCACAGCGGCCCUGCCCUGCAGAUGACUUCAGAAUCUACUAUGUCCUCGCAGAGUGCACAGAUCACUGUGAUGGCUCUCCAGUCAACGAGGUGGAUGAGAACCAGCCCCAUUCCCAGGGAGUGACAGGCCUGCGGAACUUGGGCAACACGUGUUACAUGAACGCCAUCCUCCAGUGUCUCUGCAGCAUCUCACCGCUAGUGGAAUACUUUCUCUCGGGAAAGUACAUUACUGCUCUUCAAAAGGACUGCGGUGAGGUUGCUACUGCAUUUGCCUAUGUGAUGACAGACAUGUGGCUUGGGGACUCAGAAUGCGUCUCACCAGAAAUAUUUCGGUCAGCUUUUGGCAACCUUUACCCAGAAUUUAUGAAAAAAACACAACAAGAUGCUCAGGAAUUCUUGAUUUAUGUCCUGAAUGAACUUCAUGAAUCUCUGAAAAAGUGCCACCGAAGGUCAUAUGAGAAAGGAUCUAUCCCAAGGUGCUGCAGGAAGACGGUCACCCACGAGUCCUCCAUCGUCACCCGGCUGUUUGAAGGGCAGCUCAACUACAGCAUCAUGUGUUUGAAGUGUGAGAACUGCACCUACAAGAACGAAGUCUUCACCGUCCUCUCCCUCCCCAUUCCAUCCGAAUAUGAGUGCUCUCUUCAGGACUGCCUCCAGUGCUUUUUCCAACAAGACACACUGACGUGGAAUGACCAAAUUCACUGUUCCUUCUGUGAAACCAAGCAAAAAACAGCUGUAAGGGCCAGUAUUUCCAAAGCACCAAAAAUAAUUAUCUUUCAUUUAAAAAGAUUUGACAUUCUGGGCACAAUGAAAAGGAAACUGAGAACAGAUAUUCAUUACCCGCUCACAAACUUGGACCUUACUUCUUAUAUUUGUCCAGUUUUUCGGAAACACCCUAAAUAUAACCUCUGUGCAGUGGUGAACCACUUUGGUGAUCUGGACGGCGGCCACUACACUGCUUUCUGCAAGAACUCGGUGACCCAGGCCUGGUAUAGCUUUGAUGACACACGAGUCCGUGAGAUUCCAGACACUUCAGUUCAAACCGCUACAGCCUAUCUCCUGUUCUACAGCUGCCAGCCCUUUUCUAUACCUAUAAGAAGCCAGGAAAAUGGUGUUUUCUGAAAACUGCAAAACCAGCAAUCAGAAAUGGGCACUUAAGCUUUGCUUUGUCAUUAAACUCUUGCAAUUUACUUACAUCAAACAUAA